AUGAAUUUCCUAUUAUUAAUAACAUUUUUAUUAUUGUUUUUUUUAAUUUUGGAUUUUAUUAAAAAAAAUAAAAUUAUUAAAUCCAAUUCACCUCCGGGUCCAAUUAAUUAUCCAUUAAUUGGAAAUUUGCACUUAUUAGGUUCAAAUCCUCAUCGUGGACUUAGAAAUAAUAUAAGUGACAAAUAUGGACCAAUUGUUGGAUGUUAUUUAGGGGAUAAAUAUACAAUUAUUUUAUCAGAUUCAAAAUUUGUAAAUGAAAUUUAUAUAAAAAAAUUUAGAAAAUUUUGUUCAAGACCGCACAAUCCAACAUUCACAAUGUUUUCAGGAGGUUAUAAAGAUUUGGCAUUCUCAGAUAAUUUUGAUGAUUGGAGAAGAAUAAGAUCAUUAAUUGGGGUUCAUUUUACAAAGUCAAGACUAAACAAUACUAUAUAUUCAUAUAUAGAGGAUCAAACUAAAUUAUUAAUUAAAAGUAUGAAACAAUUUGAAAUAAAUAGUACUCCAUUUUUUCCUCAAAAAUAUUAUUUUAAACUUUCAUUAAAUGUAAUUUGCAAAUUGUUCUUUUCAGUUGAGGUAUUACCUAAAGAAACAGUCGAUAAAUCACAGAUUGAGCGUUUAAGUGUCCCUCUUCAAAAAAUCUCAAGAAAAUUAGGUGCCGGCCAUCCAGAUGAUUUCAUAUCAUUACUAUCACCCUUAUUUUACUUUUCAAAAAAGAAUUAUGAAAAGCAUGUACAUUCCUGUUUGUCUUUCAUUUCAGAAAUAUAUGAUAGCCAUUUAACAAAUUUGGAUAGAGAGAACCCCAGGGAUUUAAUGGAUAUAUUAAUAAUAGAAACAGAGGGUGAUAGAAAAGAAGUGGUUCAUACAGCAUUCAAUUUCUUAUUGGGAGGCAGUGACUCAUCAAGUGGUACAAAAGAGUUCUUUUCGCUUUACAUGAUUAACUACCCAGAUAUUCAAGAGAAAGCUUACAAAGAAAUAAUAGACGUUAUGGGAAAUGACUGUAAAUUUAUAGGUUAUAAGGACAAAACAAACUUACCAUUUUUAAGUGCUUGUGUAAAUGAAGUUUUAAGAUUAAACCCCGAGGAUCCUUUAGGAUUACCACGUAAAGCUGUUGAAGAUAUUGAAAUUUUUGGUUAUUUCAUUCCAAAAGGUGCACAAAUAAUUCACAAUAUUUAUGCAGUUGGCACCAAUCCUGAUGUAUUUACCGAUAGAGAUAAAUUUAAACCAGAAAGAUGGGUUGACUGUUCUGAUGUUAAAAAAGCUUUAAUGCUAAAUAGUUUUAUGCCAUUUAGUAUUGGUCAGAGAUCCUGUAUAGGAAAAAAUUUAAGUGAAAUUGAUAUUUUUGUGGGAUGUGCAAAUUUAUUAUUAAACUAUAAAAUGGAACCUUACGAGGGUAUAAAAUUAAAUGAAGUCGAAGAGUUUGGAGUCACUAUCCACCCAAAAGAAUAUUCUAUCAAAUUAACAUCUAGAAAAAAAUUUAAUUAA